AUGGACUGCAGCGUCAUUGACUCCUUUUUGGAUUCGGCUUUCUCGCUCUCUGUUGCAUCCAUGAAUUUUAACCAAAGCAGGCUUCAAACUGAUUUUUCCUCCAUUAAAGUGCGUGCUGCGAUCGGCCCAUUCUCAUGUGGACCAGAUUUUUCAAAAAUCGGUCCAUCAGAGAGCAAAGUAAUUACCAAUGUGGGAAGAAAGUUUUACGCCAUUGAUUGGCUUCAAAAACAAGACGGCGGCGCUGGUGGCGGCGACUGCAGCGGUAACAACCACAAGGCGGCGCGCGCCAAGAUGUUGAAAACCCCCCGUCUAGAUUUCUCGGCGUGGCGCCAUGAUAUCAAGGGAUCAAGCCCUGAAAUCGUGGGAUCUUCCAACGGGAUGCUUUGCAUAUCAAAUAGACAGAAAGAUUACAUUGUAUUGUGGAACCCCUGGAUUCAUAAGUACUUUGUACUGCCUUCUUUCCCGUUUGAAUCUAGAGAAAGAGAAAGUCGUUGGCAUUACAUUUCUAGAGUCGGGGCAGCAUUCGGGUACGAUCACAGAGGCGAUGAUUACAAAGUGGUGAACUGCAGUAUCUUUGGGGAGCCUAGAUCAAUUUGCGAAUUUUGCAUUUAUAGUUUGAAGACGAACUCAUGGAGGAGAAUAAUGGUGGAGGACAUAUCAUUACCACUUGAAGUGAGGAAAGAAGGAUCACACCGCUCGUUUAAAGAUUUCGCAGUUGUUAAUGGUGUGUUACACUGGAUUGAGGAGUCCUCCAUUGUUGCAUUCUACCUCUGA